AUGGCUUCCUUCUUGGAGAGCUCGUACAGUUUGGUACACCAAGACAAUGCCGCCGACGUACCCACCAUGUCCGAUUUGCGGACUCAGCUGGAGAAAGGGACAGAUGAGAGUAAGGUGGAAACUAUGAAGCGCAUUCUGACGGUCAUGCUGAAUGGCGACCCGAUGCCGCAACUCCUCAUGUACAUUAUCCGAUUCGUCAUGCCGUCGAAGCAUAAGGCUCUGAAAAAGCUGCUAUAUUUCUACUACGAGAUAUGCCCCAAGCAUGAUGCUAGCGGUAAGCUCAAGCAAGAGAUGAUCCUCGUCUGCAACGGCAUCCGCAAUGAUCUUCAGCAUCCCAACGAAUUUAUUCGAGGCAACACGUUAAGAUUUCUCUGCAAACUGCGCGAAGCCGAGCUCAUCGAACCUCUCCUCUCUUCCGCCCGCGGCUGUCUCGAGCAUCGCCACGCAUACGUCCGAAAAAAUGCCGUGCUCGCGAUCGCAUCGAUAUACCAACAUUCGGAGAGUCUUAUCCCAGAUGCCCCUGAACUAAUAGCCGCUUUCUUGGAGGCCGAAAGCGAUCAUACCUGCAAGAGGAAUGCUUUCGCAGCGCUGGUCAGCGUCAGCCACGAUAAAUCUUUGGCGUAUCUGAGCAGUGUAUUUGACGGAAUUCCAAACGCCGACGAACUUCUACAAUUGGUCGAGCUGGAGUUCAUUCGGAAAGAUGCGAUCCAGAACUCUCAGAACAAAGCUCGUUAUCUGCGUCUCAUUUUUGAUCUUUUGGAAGCCGGUGCGACCACAGUCGUAUACGAAGCUGCCUCUUCCUUGACUGCCUUGACGAGCAACCCUGUGGCUGUCAAAGCUGCGGCAGCGAAGUUCAUCGAACUCAGUAUUAAGGAGGCGGACAACAAUGUCAAGCUGAUCGUACUCGACCGCGUGAAUGUGCUGAGACAGAAGAACGAGGGUGUCUUGGACGAUCUCAUCAUGGAGAUUCUUCGAGUCUUGUCGAGUCCUGAUAUUGACGUCCGGAGAAAGGCCCUGGAAAUUGCUAUGGAGAUGGUCUCUAGCAAGAACGUAGAGGAAGUUGUCCUCCUCCUGAAGAAGGAGCUGUCGAAGACUGUUGACCAAGAAUACGAGAAGAAUAACGAGUACCGCCAAUUGCUCAUCCAUUCCAUCCACCAAUGCGCCAUCAAGUUCUCGGAAGUGGCCGCCAGUGUUGUUGACCUGCUAAUGGACUUCAUUGCUGACUUCAACAAUACUUCGGCUGUGGAUGUAAUCUCCUUUGUCAAGGAAGUGGUAGAGAAGUUCCCAAACCUCCGCCCAUCGAUCGUGGAGCGCUUGGUGUCCACUUUGAGUGAGGUGCGUGCCGGAAAGGUUUAUCGUGGAGCACUUUGGGUUGUGGGAGAGUACUCUCUCGAAGCAAAUGACAUCAGAGAUGCCUGGAAGAGGAUACGAGCUAGUUUAGGAGAGAUCCCAAUUCUGGCAUCGGAACAAAGACUGUUGGAUGAAGUAGCGGAUGGACAGGAGCCGGCCAAGGAAGCAGAGCAAGUCAACGGGCAUCCCAAAGCUGCGCCAACUGGAUCUAGAAGAGUUCUUGCCGAUGGCACUUACGCGACAGAAAGCGCCCUGACCAGUAAGUCAGCAGUGGCAGCCAAAUUAGAAGCCGUCAAAGCGGCCCAAAAGCCGCCUCUUCGACAACUCAUUCUCGACGGGGACUACUACCUCGCCUCUGUUCUCUCAUCCACUCUGACCAAGCUUGUGAUGCGUCACUCGGAAAUAUCUUCAGACAAGGCUCGAACGAACGCUUUACGUGCUGAAGCCAUGUUAAUCAUGAUCUCUAUCAUCCGUGUUGGUCAGUCACAAUUCGUCAAAGCUCCCAUUGACGAAGACUCUGUGGAUAGAAUCAUGACGUGUGUCCGCUCCCUCGCCGAAUUCGCACAAAAUAAAGAGCUAGAGACUGUUUUCUUGGAUGACACCCGGAAGGCUUUCCGCGCCAUGGUUCAGGUGGAAGAGAAGAGAAGAGCGGCCAAGGAAGCCGUCGAGAAGGCCAAGACCGCGGUCCAAGUCGAUGAUGUUGUCUCUAUCCGACAACUGGCAAAGAAGAACGCUGGCGACGGAACCGACGAGAUAGAGCUUGAUCUUGAGAAGGCAACAGGUGGAGACUCAGCAGUUGAAGACUUGACCUCAAAGUUAAGCAGAGUUGUCCAACUCACAGGAUUUUCCGAUCCAGUCUACGCCGAAGCAUAUGUCAAGGUCCACCAAUUUGAUAUCGUUCUCGAUGUUCUUUUGGUGAAUCAGACAACUGAGACUCUUCAAAAUCUGUCGGUAGAGUUCGCCACACUAGGAGACUUGAAGGUAGUUGAAAGACCAACUACCCAGAACCUAGGUCCACACGAUUUCCAGAACGUCCAGGCCACCAUCAAGGUAUCGUCGACAGAUACGGGAGUCAUCUUUGGUAACGUCGUGUAUGAUGGUGCCAGCUCUACCGAGAACAGUGUUGUCAUCCUGAAUGAUGUUCACGUCGAUAUCAUGGACUACAUCCAACCUGCGAUUUGCACAGAGACGCAAUUCCGAACCAUGUGGACCGAGUUUGAGUGGGAGAACAAGGUCAACAUCAACUCCAAAGCCAAGUCAUUACGCGAGUUCCUCACGCAACUAAUGGCAAGCACAAACAUGAGCUGCUUGACCCCGGAGGCUUCGCUCAAGGGCGAUUGUCAAUUCCUGAGUGCGAAUCUCUACGCUCGAAGCGUCUUUGGUGAGGAUGCACUUGCAAAUUUGAGUAUCGAGAAGGAGGGUGAAGACGGUCCAGUUACCGGCUUUGUCCGUAUUCGCAGCAGGUCACAAGGUCUUGCACUGAGUCUCGGGUCGCUCAAAGGCUUGAACAAGGUCGGCGAAGUCGCCUGA